ACCAUUAGUGAGAGUUGUAUCGACGUCAUCAUUGUGGAUGUUUACCUACUAUUUUGCAAUAACCUGAUGAUCACACAUCUCAGAAUCGCAGAUCACGGAUCACUGACACUGUCUUACCAACAUCCCAGAGAGAAAAUCCGCGUAAUAAUUCAGGUCGUAGCAAGGCGGACAAGUUUUUAAAGCUCAUCAGACAAAUUUCGUGACGAUGAAUCAAAUACUUGCAUCACUAACAAGCGUAAUAUUAUCUUCAAUGUUAACGGUAUCUUUAGGUACCACGAACAGUUCCUGGGAACAUCACAUUCGAGAAGAUUUGCUCGAGAAUUAUGACCGCAAGGUCCGUCCAGUUUUGAAAGGAAAAAAAGUGGUGGAGGUCUCCUUUGCCUUGAGAGUUAGCAGAUUGGUGAAAGUGGAUAAUCAAGAACAACUCGUAGUUUUGGACACCUGGGUUAUACAGAAUUGGAAUAACGAAUUUCUUACGUGGAAUGCAAGUCAAUAUGAUGACGUGGAUCGGGUGCACUUCGAUCCCAGUGAAAUCUGGGUCCCGGACUUAGCCUUGUUUAACAAUGGCGAUGAUAGAAUCAACUUGGCUGGGGGAACUAGUAAGUUCGUCACCGAUGUCGCUGUGGAUAGCAAAGGAAGAUGUGUUUGGAGCGGACCAGCUACAUUUAAAGUGAACUGCGAGAUGAGGAUUAAUGACUGGCCUUUUGACGAACAAACUUGUCAACUGGCAUUUGGUUCGUACACAUAUGGAAAGAACCUGUUGAAGAUUAGACUUUUCAAGGACAAUAGACAGUUUUCAACUCGCUUUGUAAGAAACGGAGAUUGGGACAUAACAAACAUCACACCUAGCUUAAACGAAACUGACCACGGUAACUGUUGUCCGUUCAAAUUCAGCGAAGUGGUGUACACUUUGACGAUGAAACGCAAAUAUCUUUACUACAUGUUCUACGUAUUUAUUCCCUCGGUUCUACUGACGAUCCUGGCGCUCAGCAGCUUCCUGAUUCACGUUGAAAGCGGCGAACGCAUCGGUUUUGUCACAACUAUUCUGUUGGCAAUGACUGUGUUUCUGCUCUUCAUUCCGUCUUUCCUUCCAGUUACCUCGGAGGGCCUCCCAGUCUUGGGAGUGAACCUUCAGGCCACUAUGAUCUUAAUAGCUGUGAUCCUUUUCGCAAACAUCUUUGUCCUAAGAGUAUACUUCUUGGAAGGAACGCCGCCUACAUGGGUCGAAAAAUUUUGCAACUUCUUCAGCCUUAAGAAGGGUCCAGAGGUAAGGAGCCUCACCUCUUCACGCCCCAGUAGUGUUUAUCCUUCAGCCGCGAAGUCCCUCGCAACAACGGCUGGUAUUGAGUUGAAUGACUUCAGUAGAGGAAGCUCGCCAUUGGUUAAACCGUCCCUAGUCCCAGAAUUCACGUGGCGGCGGGUGUCAAUGAAAUUGGAUCAAGUGUUUUUUGUGGUCUUCAUUAUUAUUUCGUCAAUUACGUACGCAGUAACAUUCGCAACUUAAAGAGUCAAUAUCCUUACGUUUUAUUUAACAAAGAGAUUCCUCUUGGCUGCGUGUCUGUUCAGUUUUUGGAACCAAAGGGGAAAGGGAGGAAAUUAUAAAGAUACAUACAGAACCUUAUAGGAAGAUCAAAUAAAUUUCAUCGUGACAAAACCAAAAUCCUUCACCAUAAAGUCAUACAAACUGAUGUAAAAAAGAAAAGCGCUUUUCCUAACAUGAAUAAAGCUACCUUAACUAA